AUCCUAUCAUCGUCUAUACUCAACAAAAUUAACCAUUCCACGGUUUCAUAAAAUUAUGGAGUAGCCCCCAAACUUUAACCUAUUCUUCUCUUUUUCAAUCACCAAACCCAGUGCCUCUUCAACCUCCGUCGUCGCUUUCUCCGACGACUUCGCCGGAAACGUCUCCGGCGGCGCUCCAUUUACCAGAGUUUUCAUCUCACUCGUUCCUGAGAAACCAGAGAGCGCAAACUCUUAAACCCUUUCAAAACCCUAAUCUAUAUUCGAGCUCGUGGAAUCGCUGCAGCCAUGUAUGGUGGUGAUGAAGUGUCUGCAAUAGUAAUUGACUUGGGCUCACACACAUGUAAAGCUGGUUAUGCUGGUGAAGAUGCUCCCAAGGCUGUGUUUCCCUCUGUUGUGGGGGCAAUUGAUCAAAUGGAUAUUGAUGAAGCUGAGAAUGGUGAAAAGAACUCCGAGUCUACUGCGGACGCGAAGAACAAUGACAAACCCAAGGGAAAGCGAAAGUUGUAUGUGGGAUCUCAGUCCUUGGGAUACCGCAGAGACCAUAUGGAGGUCCUGUCUCCGUUAAAGGAUGGAAUUGUUGCAGACUGGGACAUUGUUGACAACAUAUGGGAUCAUGCCUUCAGGGAGUGCCUCUUGAUUGAUCCUAAAGAGCAUCCAAUGCUACUUGCAGAACCUUCUUCUAACACUCAACAGCAGAGAGAAAGGGCUGCAGAGCUUAUGUUUGAGAAGUACAAAGCACCUGCAUUGUUUUUGGCAAAGAAUGCUGUUUUGACAUCUUUUGCAUCAGGGCGUGCUACAUCAUUAGUUGUUGAUUGUGGUGGAGGAUCAACUACAGUUGCACCGGUACAUGAUGGUUAUGUUCUUCAAAAGGCUGUGGCAACUUCUCCUAUUGGGGGAGAAUUUCUUACAGACUGCUUGAUGAAAAGCUUGGAAAGCAAGGGUAUCGUGAUAAAACCACGGUAUUCUUUUAGGAGAAAGGAAAUACGCCCUGGAGAGUUUCAGACUGUAGAUAUUGAUUUUCCAAAUACAACUGAAAGCUACAAACUCUACUCUCAGAGAGUGAUUGCAAGUGAUAUCAAAGAAUGUGUAUGCCGUGCUCCAGAUACUCCAUAUGAUGAUAGUGCAUAUUCAAACAUUCCGAUGACCCCAUAUGAGCUCCCUGAUGGCCAGACAAUUGAAAUUGGAGCAGAUAGAUUUAAGAUUCCAGAUGUUCUUUUCAAUCCAUCCCUAGUUCAGACAAUUCCUGGCAUGGAGAGCUUUGCAGAAGUUGCUCCUUCCGUUCGUGGCCUACCUCAAAUGGUUAUAGAAAGCAUUAACAAAUGUGAUGUAGACAUUCGAAGAGAGUUAUUUAGUAGCAUACUGCUUGCUGGUGGCACAGCUUCAAUGCAACAACUGAAGGAACGCCUUGAGAAGGAUUUACUAGAGGAAUCCCCUCAAGCUGCUAGAGUAAAAGUAUUAGCGAGUGGAAACGCUACUGAAAGAAGGUUUAGUGUUUGGAUAGGGGGUAGCAUAUUGGCUUCUCUUGGCUCCUUCCAGCAAAUGUGGUUCUCCAAGUCCGAGUAUGAAGAGCAUGGAGCUUCAUAUAUCCAAAGGAAGUGUCCUUAAAUUGUUAUUUGUGUGUGCAUAGGUGAUCACCUUGGGAAGUAUUGCCAUGAACGCAGACUUAGUUUUCUGUGAUUGUCUUUUAAUGUAUUUAUGUUUCAUAUUUAUAUCCAUUCCUGUUAAUUCUCAACCUAACUGCAUUAUUUACCUAGUCUAAUUGU